GCAGAAUUCAAAAAGAGAGUAGCAGCAGGCAGCAGCGAGCAGCAAGCAAGAACCGAAACGACGGCGUAGUAGCAAGAAAACACAAAAAACACAGAAAACGACAAUGUCGCAUUUCUGGAAGCCCGGCACCGAGAAGCCUCGCAUGGUCGACGACGAAGAAGGUGGAGUUCUGUUCUUGUCCACCGUUGCCUCUUCCUCUUCCUCUUCGGGAUUCGGCUAUGGAAGCAUGGAAAAGCAGAGGCAGAGGCUUCCCGUGUAUAAAUACCGCACCGCGAUUCUGUAUUUGGUUGAAACUCACGCCACUUCUAUUAUCGUUGGCGAGACUGGCAGUGGCAAAACCACUCAGAUUCCUCAGUACCUUAAAGAAGCAGGUUGGGCUGAUGGUGGGCGUGUUAUUGCUUGCACUCAACCUAGGCGUUUGGCUGUCCAGUCAGUUGCUGCAAGGGUGGCUGAAGAGAUGGGGAUCAAGCUUGGAGAGGAAGUUGGCUACACAAUUCGAUUUGAAGAUCUUACAAAUACAAAUACAACCAUGAUCAAGUUUCUAACAGAUGGGGUGUUACUGAGGGAAAUGAUGGAUGAUCCUCUUUUGACCAAGUAUAGUGUCAUAAUGGUUGAUGAGGCUCAUGAAAGGUCCAUUUCAACUGACAUAUUACUUGGUCUACUAAAAAAGAUUCAACGCCGUCGACCUGAGCUGCGCCUGAUUAUUUCCUCUGCUACAAUUGAAGCAAAAUCAAUGUCUGCUUUCUUCCAAGCCAGUAAAAGGCAUCGAGGAUUAGAAGGUGAGGAGCUUGGACCAAAGAUGGAACCUGCGAUCCUAUCAGUUGAGGGUAGAGGGUUUAAUGUACAAAUUCAUUUUGCUGAGGAGCCCGUUUCGGACUAUGUUCAGGCUGUUGUUUCAACAGUAUUGUCAAUUCAUAAUCAGGAACCCAUGGGUGAUAUUCUGGUAUUUCUCACUGGUCAAGAUGAUAUUGAUACUGCAGUCAAGUUGCUUAAUGAGGAAGCUCAAAGUAAUGGAAAGAAAUCUUCAGGAUUAAUUGUUUUGCCUCUGUACUUGGGACUCUCACGUGCGGAGCAGGAGUUGAUUUUUACUCCGACUCCUAGAGGGAAAAGGAAAGUAGUGAUAUCAACAAAUAUAGCAGAGACAUCGUUAACUUUGGAGGUAACAUCUCUGCCCUCUAGAGGAACCACCUUCAAUAUUUCCCUCUUGACUUGCGUAGAAUCAAGGAUUAUACUGACAGUUCUCAAGUUCAAGGUUUCUAAUUCUUUCCUCCAAAGUUCUUCUAGUGGAAUCAGCCACUGCCAUUCAACUCGCCUAAAAGUCAACAAAGUCAAAUGUUAGGUCCAUUAUCAAGAAAAGUUCAGGCAAAAGACACUCAGGAAGUAUCAUCACAUACCUAGCUCGCCUCAUUGAUCACAUAUUGAGAAGAUUGAGUUUGUGCUACCAAUUGCAAGCCUCCGAUCAUUUGCAUACUUUCCUCCACAAGAUCAACAUCAACCUAAAGCACAAAUCUAUCAGAUCAUGAGCCAUUCAAUAAGCCAAGAAGAAAUAAGGACAAGGAACUAAAAAAAUUUCAAGAACACACCAGAUCGGGCCAAGGGACGUUUGGGGUGUGCUCUGGCCUAUCCAAAGGCAUGGAACUAUAUGUUCCAUCAGGAUUCAUCACUUUAUAUUGUCAUGUCGGAAAAUGAGGAUAAGUCUCCAUGAAAGAACUAGAAGAGCUACCAGCAUGGUGAGGAGGAGGAAUCUCUUCUCCCUCUUCCUCUCCUUUAGAAGAUGGAGCCUGAAAGUCUAACAUGCAAAUAUUGUCACCAAGCAGAAAUAUGGAAAAGGAGAAUACAAGAUGAAAAUUUGACUUUAGAAAGGGAGGGAAAUACUGAUGUCAUAGAAAUGCCGGCCAAAAAACCUUGCAAUUGAGUUUGAAUAAAUUCAGAAUAAGUCCUUGGUAUUCUUGAAACAA